GCUGCCGCCAUUUUGCGGGAAGACGAGCAGCUGCGGCUGCGGUGCUGCUUUUACUGCUGAGACUCUGGAAAAUAUCCGUGCUUCGCGUCCCCAAUACACCCAAAGGAACGGCGGAAACCGGGACCCCGCCCGCGGGGACCCGGAACUGGUCUGCUACGAUGGCGUCCGAUGACUUUGAUAUAGUGAUUGAAGCCAUGCUGGAGGCUCCCUAUAAAAAAGAGGAGGAUGAACAGCAAAGGAAAGAGGUUAAAAAAGAUGGCCCUAGCAACACCAGCAUGAGCAGUACCAGCACCAGUGGGAGCAGCGCCGGUGGGGAGGCAAGCAAGAAGAAGAGGAGUCGGAGCCAUAGUAAAAGCAGGGAUAGAAAGCGCAGCCGCAGUCGGGAGCGGGACCGGCACAGGCGGAGAAGCAGUCGGAGCCGAAGUCGAGACCGGCAGCGUCGCCACCGCAGCCGGAGCCGGGACCGGCGGCACAGCAGUGAGACACGCAGUCGGGACCGGCGGCGUGAGGACCGCGUGCGCUACAGGAGCCCGCCGCUUGCUGCUGGGCGCAGGUACGCACACAGUAAGAGUCCUCAUUUCAGAGAAAAGAGCCCGGUCAGGGAGCCCAUUGAUAAUCUGAGUCCCGAGGAACGUGAUGCCCGCACGGUUUUCUGUAUGCAGUUAGCUGCCCGCAUUCGGCCUCGGGACUUGGAGGACUUUUUCUCUGCUGUCGGCAAGGUUCGUGAUGUCCGAAUCAUCUCCGAUCGGAACUCCCGGCGUUCUAAGGGCAUCGCCUACGUGGAAUUCUGUGAAAUCCAGUCUGUGCCACUGGCCAUUGGGCUGACUGGGCAACGGCUGCUUGGAGUGCCCAUCAUUGUCCAGGCUUCACAGGCUGAGAAAAACCGACUGGCAGCCAUGGCCAACAACCUGCAGAAGGGCAACAGCGGGCCAAUGCGCCUCUAUGUGGGCUCCCUGCACUUCAAUAUCACGGAGGACAUGCUCCGGGGCAUCUUUGAGCCCUUCGGCAAAAUUGAUAAUAUUGUCCUGAUGAAGGACUCAGAUACAGGCCGUUCUAAAGGUUAUGGUUUCAUUACGUUCUCAGACUCCGAGUGUGCCCGGCGGGCCCUGGAACAGCUGAAUGGCUUCGAGCUUGCUGGUCGACCUAUGCGAGUUGGCCAUGUGACCGAGCGACUGGAUGGUGGCACAGACAUCACUUUUCCGGAUGGGGACCAGGAGCUGGAUCUGGGAUCUGCAGGUGGACGUUUGCAGCUCGUGGCCAAAUUGGCAGAAGGCUCCGGAAUCCAGUUGCCUACCACAGCUGCUGCUGCUGCCGCCACUGCCCAGGCUGCUGCUGCCUUGCAACUGAAUGGGACGGUUCCCUUGGGGGCCCUGAACCCUGCGGCUCUGACUGCUCUGAGUCCAGCCCUGAACCUCGCCUCCCAGGCAAUCGCCUCCCAGUGCUUCCAGCUUUCUAGCCUCUUUACCCCUCAGACCAUGUGAGUCUCAGGGUCUGGCUCCGUUUAGUCUUUGGUUAUUUUCUUUCCUUUAGCUUCCCCUGGAUCUCUUCUCCUUGCCAUAGGUAAGUCAGUGGUAUGGUACGCUGCCUCCCUGCGUCUCUGGGUCCUGCCGCUCCCGUCUCCACAUCGACCUCUCCAUGGCCCCUUCUCCAUUUUGUGGACCCAAGCCAUCCUGAGCGCGUGGACGUGGGCUCUGCGGGAAUUGGGGCCACCCUUGGACUCGAGAAGGGCUCCUGCCCAGGGCCCCAUUGGGAACGGACUCUGCUGAGCAAAGCCACUAGUCGAAGAGGACAGAAUCUGCACCUGUUGAACACCCGUUUCUCCGCAUAUGUUGUCUUCUGGGAUGACCUUCAUUGCUCUUUCCAACCACCUCUUGGUGAUUCCUCGAUUCCUCCCCCGUUGGGAAGGCCAUAGAGCAGUAACUGAAGGAACUAACCUCUCUCCGCUUCCUAUACCUUUUCCCUACAGUCUGUUGAGGAAAACCCUUAAGAUCUCUGGUCCAAGAGGACUUUGGAGUUUGGGGUUGGGGGCAGUGAACCUUGAAGGUGUUGGCUUGCUGCUGCACAGGCCUGGAAGAUAGCAUGGACAUGCGCAUUGUGAAGCCUGCCUUAAGCCUCAGCCUGGGGCCAGAACUGCAUCUUGCUGGGAGGUGUGGGAGCGAUCUGUCCUGCCAGUGUCCUGCCAGGCAUUUUGGAUGGCUUAGGGCUGGGGCUUUCAGGAGUUCAGUGAAAGGUGGGAUACCUUUCCAGUAUCUUCCAUCUUCCUUUGUACAGUUGUCCUUCCUCCCAGGUCCUUCCUGUGGUGCAGGGUGGAAGGACGGAGAGGAGGCUGCUACUCUCUACCAUUUCCCAUGUGCCUCUACCGUGGGCUCAACCCCAGCUGUUAAAGCUGCUCCUGUCCCCUGCCUGGGCACAUGUGAGCCCUUUUCACUGGAUUUUAUACCCUUGUGUCUGUGUACAUAAAAUAUAUAUGUAUAUGUAUGUGUGUAUAUGUAUGUGCGCACACACAUGCAUACGUACACACACACGUGCAUAUAUACAUACAGACUUUGUAUAAAAGGCAAGCUCCACUAUUGUGGUGGCUGCUGCCCAUGUGUGUGUGGUCUCUGUCCGUUGGUGUGUCUGAUGUUAAUAACUUCUCAUGAGCCAAAACCGUGAAUGGUUCUAGGGAUAUAAAACAUUUGUAAUGCCUUUAUGUUUUUUCCCUUUAUUUUAAUUUUGUUUUAUCUAACCUUCCUUAGAAAUUAAAAUGGACAGAAGACACACACCUGGAUGGAGUUCCCCAUCUGUCUGCAUUAUACUCUCAGUCCUGUGGGUCUCUUCCAUAUGU